CGUCCCCUGCGCCCCCAGUCCAUCAUGUCCAGGGCAUCAAGUUCGAGCUCCCUUCAAGCAGCGGCGUUACAGCAGAGCGGUAGCACCAGAGCGAUGGCAUCCACGAAGGCUGCGAAGGUCGCCGGAGCAGCAGCGCAGGCCAAGGAGCCGGCGCCCAAGCUCAGCGAGACGGUGACGAAGCCGUCGGCCGCCAAGAGCGGCGUCAAGAAGGCCGAGCAGAAGCCCCGGGAGCCAAAGAAGAAGGUGAAGAGCAGCAAGCCGGCGGCGGCCAAAAAGUGACAAUGGAAGCUAGAAAUGGAGCUUGCGCGAGGGGGCCUCCAUCGUGCUAUGAUAUCAAUUAUUACAAACCCAGUCUUUGCCUUCUUGUGUCUAAUGAUGUCAUCAACUUGUGUCCUUAGUUGGACGGGGUCUUGAUGGCGUGUGCACCCUACCCUGAUCAAUACUACUACAAAUAAAACUAUUGUAACUAUGGCAUCGUAGUGUUCAUCUUUUCAUCA